UCUCUCUCUCUAUUUAUUUUGCAUCAUAGUGUGGGUUACUGCAUCUUAGCCUAUAUUUUCCUUUUUUGUCUAAAUGAAGCUGAUUGAUAUUUCCUCUGUGAAUUAUGAAAAAUGAACUGGGUUUCCUGUUAUUACUCUCUUUUGUGGGUAAUAUGGAUGCAAGGCUCAGUUCUAAAAUCAAUGCUUCAAGAAAUUCAAUACCAUAAAUUAGUUUUCACCAGCAAAUGGAUGCCAAUUUUGUUUUUUUGUUUUUUUCUUUCUGUUUUUAACUUUUCCAAUUUCUGGAAUACUUAUGAGUACUUCCUUCAGCCUCUGGUGGGAGCAUAUAAUGUGUUUUGAUUGGUAAAUUGAAUGCAACCAUUUUUUGCUUUUCAAGUACUUUCUGUAGAAAUGAUUGGUGUUGAAUGUGAAAGUUCUUGAGUUUUGCCUCAAAUUUAUAGAGAUGAUUUCUCUUUAACUUGUUAGUUUCUCUAUAUACACUUGUGUAGACUUGCUUUAACAAUGGUAAUCUUUUUGUGAUGCUGAUAAGUUAUUGGCUGGACCAUAAAUUUUAGUCCCAAAUUUCAUUCCUCUUGCUUUUUGCUAUUCUUUAUUUGUAAUGUGAGAAUUCCUCCCAAUUUAGAGCAGCUUUUGUAGAGAUGUUCAAGGAAAUUACAGUAGUGUUGUUGAUUGUGAUGCUGGCAUGGGCAUAUCAGGCCAUCUAUCCGCCGCCUCCCAAAAUUUGUGGCAGCCCAGGUGGCCCUCCCAUUACAGCUCCCAGAAUAAAGCUGCGGGAUGGUAGGCAUUUGGCCUACAAGGAGCAUGGUGUAUCUAGAGAAACUGCCAAACAUAAGAUCAUAUAUGUUCAUGGCUUUGGCUCCACUAAAGAUGAUGCUGCUAUCAUAUCAAACCUCUCUCGGGAAGUCAUUGAGGAGCUAGGCGUGUAUGUCGUGUCGUUUGACCGGCCAGGUUAUGGAGAAAGUGAUCCAGAUUCAAAGCGAACUCCAAAGAGUUUGCCUCUUGAUAUAGAGGAGCUUGCUGAUCAUUUAGGUCUGGGAUCAAAAUUCUAUGUAAUUGGAUUUUCCAUGGGAGGCCAGGUUGUUUGGGGCUGCCUCAAGUACAUUCCUCAUAGACUAGCAGGAGCCACACUGCUUGCUCCGGUUGUCAACUACUGGUGGCCUGGCUUUCCUGGCAACUUGUCUAAAAAAGCCUACUACGAACAGCUGCUACAAGACCAAUGGACAUUACGCGUUGCUCACUAUACUCCAUGUCUAACGUACUGGUGGAAUACACAGAAAUGGUUUCCUGCAUCAGCUGUUGCAGCUGGAAAGCCUGAAGUUUUCUCUCCACAGGAUCACCAACUCCUUCCUAUGUUUCUCGGGAAUCAAAAGUCCAAGCCACAGAUAACACAGCAAGGAGAAUUUGAAAGCUUACAUCGUGACUUAAUGGUUGGAUUUGGGAAAUGGGAAUUUGAUCCAAUGGAUCUUGAAAAUCCUUUUCCUAAAAAUGAAGGCUCGGUUCAUCUAUGGCAUGGAGAUGAAGACAGGAUGGUGCCAGCUAGCUUACAGCGUUAUAUUGCCCAAAAACUUUCAUGGAUUCACUACCAUGAGAUCCCUGGUUCAGGACACAUGUUCCCUUAUAUUCCUGAGUCGAGUGAAGCUAUUUUGAAAACUCUUUUACUGGGCGAAAAGUAGUGAAGUGGCCUUGUUCUUGGUUUUAGUACUCUUGUACCUUAAUUUAUGUUGAACAAGUUAUUGAGACUCUUUGCAAGGGAACUUAGUUUUGAUGCUAAUUUUAAACUAAUAUGAUUUUUGUGUUUCGCAAGUUU